AGUUUGUCAGUUGGCACGUUCGAGUUUGUUUGGUUGCUUCGACUACACACACAAAAUUCGUCCCCACACCCCAAACACAGAGAAACAAAAAAGUGUAGGAAAUGUCGCAGCUGAACGCGGAGGCCCAGCAGAGGCACUUCAUCACGCGCAGCAGCUAUGAGGGCGCCUGGGAUAGAUUGGUGAAUGUGAUGGACGGAUUUGGGAGCUACCGCUAUCCGGAUGGGAGCGAGUAUCGGGGCAGGUUCCAUCAGGGUCAGUUCCACGGCUAUGGUCAUUUGCGACUGGCCCAGCCGUACCGCUUUACGGUUAAGGGUGAGUUCGAGCACGGUCGCCUGGUGACAGUGGAGGACAUGUGGUUUUCCGACGGCCUGCAUGUGGAGGGCAGUUUUAAUGGCAUGGUCUUGCAGUGCGAUGAAUGGGAUUACCUGACGCCCAAGGAUCGGCGUUAUCAUGCCGAGCGUCGCUAUGGCCAACAGCCGGUGGGUCCCACCGCCUUUCUAACAUCCAAAAUGCAGCCCAGGAAUAUUCCCGAGCACUGCUAUGAUGUGGAGGAGGGUCUGUUCAACAGUAAGACCUGCUGGUUGACGGACCGACCAAGUCCGCUACACCAAUUCAUGUACGUGAGCUGCCCGCAAGACAAGGAUUGGAUCAAGAGGAAUUGCAGGAAGGCUAGAACAUCGCGUAUAAUUGAGCCACCUUCCGACUUUUGUCGCCGCAUUAUAGCCAACAAUUUGGCAACGGAACGAGCCCAGUUGCGAAGCACGGCCAUAUAUGCACCCAAUGGACAAGUGGAUCGUGAGCGAUACUUCCACAAGUUGACCAAGAAGCGUGGACAGCCAAAUGAGCCGCUGGAGAACAUUCCCAGACGUCCCAUGCCCGCCGACGAUCCCGCCUGGGAGACGGAGAUGUGUGUGCGUGCCUAUGCCGCGAUGUUGGAUAAACGGCAGAAGGAUCAAAUGGAGUUCCAGCGCGUGCAUCCUUGCGCCAAAAUGGAGACGGUGAAGAGACCACGCCGAUGGUCGAGCACCUCGGAUGUGCGCAAUCCGCAGUCGGGUGGACCAUCCAGCUGCCAGACGGACAGCUUUGGCGAGGAUGAACUGGUCCUAAACUUUGAGGAAUCAUACCGCUCGGCCAACAACAUGAUGCGGAAACGGACGGCGGACAACAUAAAUGUGGUGCAAUCUAAUCUUAUACGCCGCAACAGCUACAUGGACAUGACCCGGUCCAUAUUCGAGUUGUAGAUCCGCGGAUCAAUGUUUUUAAUAUGUUUUUUUCAAUUUAAAUUUUAAGCUUAAGAGCGCAGAGAUAAAAUGAAUGCAAUUACUUUGUAAGCUGUAAAAUAAAAUU